CAUAUCAAUGUGGUUAUCUUUGUAUCAUUUACUAAGAUUACAAAGAUUUAUCAGAUCGAAAUCUUACUACGUUGAAAAUAAAGAUGAAUUUUCUAUAACUUGUCAACGAGCCAUAAUAAAAUAAUAUUUUUGGACAAACAUAACCACUCUGCUACUUACAGUCUGUUUUCAUUUGUUUCAAUUUCAGUAUGUUGAUAAAAACGUUAAACAGACUAUUACCAUCAUUAAAUUGCAAAAUAAUUUACGGAGCUGCAUAUUCUACUGCUACAUCCAGUAUUCCAAAGGAAGAAAAGAUAAAAGUUGGUAAUUGUGAUGUCAAUUACGUAAAAGUGGGUAGCGGUCCACAUAAUAUAUUAUGUAUGCCCGGCGCACUGGGCACGAUAUGGACAGACUUCAGGCCGCAGGUGGAGGGAGUCGACCGGGACAGGUUCACGGUGGUGGCCUGGGACCCUCCGGGCUACGGCAAAAGUCGCCCGCCGGAGAGAACAUUUCCUAAUGACUUCUAUGAAAAGGAUGCACAAUACGCAUACGAGUUCAUGAAGACACUGGGUAUAUCCAAAUUCUCUUUGUUGGGCUGGAGCGAUGGAGGCAUAUCUAGCUUAAUUUUCGCAGCCAAAUACCCGGAGACCGUACAUAAGUUGGUCGUUUGGGGCAGUAAUGCCUUCAUAUUGCCUCACGAAUUGGAAGUAUACAAAAAAAUAAAAGAUAUCAAUACCUGGUCGAAACGGACGAGGGAGCCAAUGAUCGAGGUAUACGGUGAAGAGCUAUUCGCAAAAUACUGGGCCCAGUGGGUGGACGGCAUGAUCUCAUUGUACAACGAGAAACGGGGCAACUUGUGCGGGGAGGUGUUGCAGCACGUCAAAUGUCCCACGCUCAUACUGUACGGAGAGAAAGACCCGAUGGUCGACAGCUCGCACGCCUCACAUCUACAUACUCACAUCACUGGAUCUAAACUGAAACUAUAUCCAAACGGAAAGCACAACAUCCAUUUAAGCCACGCCGAAGACUUCAACAAAACCGUACAAGAAUUUCUACUGCAAGCCUGAGUCAACUGUAGUCGUCUAGAAUUUUUGUAUCAACCUACUGAAUGCGGGGGGUUAAACAAAAGAAAUCAACAAAAGUCCCACAUUUUAUUUUCAUUUACUUCUUAUAAGCACGUUUCAUUUGUGAAUAAAACAAUUUACAUUCAAUAACACGUAAUUCAAGGUUGAAGUGACUCAUUAAUAUAUUAACUGUACAAGCCAUACAACAAUCGGGCCUCACAAACACCUCAAACACUCGACUGCACUCACCGUUUCAAACCUCACAAACAGGCUUUAGGGUGUGAAUGAGCCGGUGGAUCUCCAAAUUACUGUAGCUAAAUUAUUUAAAUACCUUUUGUUAGUGAAAACAAAAUAUUAAUUGAUUCUAAUCGACAGUAUUCAUUUCAAAAAUAUAUUACUGUAUGAAAAAAAAAAUGUAGAAAUACUUUUAUUUGGCACUUUCAAUAAGAGUACACACUGUUACAUCAUGUAAAAUUACUAUAUAAAAUAGUAUAUUACGGUACGAGACGACCACCUUUACGGGUUCAAUUUAAAUAAAUUAAAUUACACAUCACGACGGAUGAUUCGGAUUCAUGUUAAUAAAUAGGUAUUGCACUCUACACGAUGUCGAUCUAUCAUAAACAAGUGUUCCAGUGCGGCACUGUAUAAGGUCGGCGUUUACUGUAUAAGGCACAUCGAGCACGGUCCGCGCGUGCCCUCCCACUAACAUAGCUCCAUAAAUUAUAUAAACAACACACACAAACGACCUACCCUCGAUAAAUACAUAAGAAAAUAUAGUGACAAUAUCAAAUCAUUCGCUAAUUCAAGUAAGCUUGUUCUUAUCUCAUAUAAAUAAUUUCUCUAGUUACAAAAAUAGUAUACAAGAAUGGAGGCACGGCGCCGCGCCUCCGUCCGACUCAUAUAUAUAUUACAAUGAAAUAAGAUCCUUACAAAUACACAACGAUACAAUAUUACAACAUUAUCACCGGGAUUAUCAACAAUACGGUUGGGUUCAUUUUUUUAAUUAAUUUUAAAUUAUGUUACGCGUUCGUUACGUUUACGAGUACUACUAAUAUUUAAAUAGAGAGAGAGUCAAAGGCACACACUUUGUAAAAAACAUCCUACAAGUUAGUCUCAUUGUAUCUCUUUAUAUCACUGAACGUUCACACGUACACGGGGCCCUGGUUGUCGUUGUCGUCCAGGUUGAUCUUCGUGUAGCCCUCGUCGAAGAAACGCCUGAACGUGAACUCGAAGAAGCCGUGGAACGUCUUGCCGUUGUCGAGCAGUUCACUGUCCGACUUGUUGGAGUCGGAGCUGCCAGAGUUGCGCAGCUUGUUGGGGUCGAUGGGGUCGAAGUUGGAGGUGUCCGUGGGGUGCUCGAUCCGGGGGAUGUAGGGCGCCACCUGCCUCCGCAGCCCCUUCUCGAAGUCGAUGCUCUUGAGGAACGGGUGGUUCUUCACCUCGCUCGCGUGGUUGCCCAGCCUCGUCUCCUGCCCCGAGCACAGCUUCAGGAUUAGAUCCUUGCUCUCUCGGGAAAGGUUCGCUGCAUCCGGUAUGUGUAGCGUUUUCUCCCAAUUUAUG